AUGGGCCGGUUCGCGUGGAUUCUCAUCGCGCUCUUCGCCCUCCUAUCAGCUACGUCCACGUCAGCGCUUGUCUUCACGCUGCUCAAACGCGAGUGCUUCCAGCAUUUCGUGCCGAAAGGCGGCGAGACCGUCCACGUGUCGUUCGUCGUGAUCAAAUCAGAUUACAACUGGGGAGGCGGGGAGCAGGCGAAAAUCGAUUUAACGGUGGAGGACCCAAGGGGCCACGUGCUGCGCAAGAUAGAGGCGAGGACGGACGACAACUUCAUGGUCACUGCUGCCGUUGACGGCUUCUUCAAGUUCUGCUUUACGACUGACUCCGCUGUGCACGAAUCCGUGGCGUUCGAUGUGGAGAACGGCCACCCAAUCACCACUGAACACGUGGCAAAGAAUGAUCAAAUCGAGCCACUGGUGAAGGAGGUGCAUCGGCUGCAGAGGGAGGUGAUGCGCACCAAGCAUGAGAUCCACUACUCCUUCUACCUCGCCGAGCAGCAUGCAGAGGGUGAGUGGCAUUGUGGCAGUGCUUCUGGGGUUUUUCUAGGUAGCACGGGUUGGUUUGAGGGGUGGAUGGGCAUGAUUGCAGCACGAGGAGGGAGGGAGGUGAUGCGCACCAUGGAUGGGAUCCACUACUCCUUCUACCUCGCCGAGCAGCAUGCAGAGGGUGAGAGAGUGAGAAUGACUGGCCAUGCUCCUGCCUAUGCUCGUACCUAUGCUCCUUCCUAUGCUCGUACCUAUGCUCGUGCCUAUGCUCGUACCUAUGUUCGUGCCUAUACUCGUACCUAUGCUCGUACCUAUGUUCGUGCCUAUGCUCGUACCUAUGCCUAUGCCUAUGCUCGUACCUAUGCUCAUGCCUGUGCUCGUCGUACCUAUGCUGGUGCCUAUGCUUGUACCUAUGCUCGUACCUAUGCUCGUGCCUGUGCUCGUACCUAUGCUCGUGCCUGUGCUUGUACAUAUGCUCCUGCCUAUGCUCGUACCUAUGCUCGUACCUAUGCUCGUGCCUGUGCUCAUCGUACCUACGCUCGUACCUGUGCUCGUACCUAUGCUCGUACCUAUGCUCGUACCUAUGCUCGUACCUAUGCUCGUACCUAUGCUCGUACCUAUGCUCGUGCCUAUGCUCGUACCUAUGCUCGUACCUAUGCUCAUGCCUAUGCUCGUACCUAUGCUCGUACCUAUGCUUGUACCUAUGCUCGUACCUAUGCUCGUACCUAUGCUCGUGCCUGUGCUCGUAUCUAUGCUCCUGCCUAUGCUCGCACCUAUGCUCCUGCCUAUGCUCGUACCUAUGCUCCUGCCUAUGCUCGUACCUAUGCUCAUACCUAUGCUCCUGCCAUGCUCGUACCUAUGCUCGUGCCUAUGCUCGUACCUAUGCUCGUGCCUGUGCUCGUACCUAUGCUUGUGCCUGUGCUCGUACCUAUGCUCCUGCCUAUGCUCGUACCUAUGCUCGUACCUAUGCUCGUACCUAUGCUCGUACCUAUGCUCGUGCCUAUGCUCGUACCUAUGCUCGAACCUAUGCUCGUGCCUAUGCUCGUACCUAUGCUUGUACCUAUGCUCGUACUUAUGCUUGUACCUAUGCUCGUACCUAUGCUCGUACCUCUGCUCGUGCCUGUGCUCGUAUCUAUGCUCCUGCCUAUGCUCGUACCUAUGCUCCUGCCUAUGCUCUUACCUAUGCUCGUACCUAUGCUCGUACCUAUGCUCGUGCCUGUGCUCGUGCCUAUGCUCGUGCCUGUGCUCGUACCUAUGCUCCUGCCUAUGCUCGUACCUAUGCUCGUACCUAUGCUCGUACCUAUGCUCGUACCUAUGCUCGUGCCUAUGCUCGUACCUAUGCUUGAACCUAUGCUCGUGCCUAUGCUCGUACCUAUGCUUGUACCUAUGCUUGUACUUAUGCUUGUACCUAUGCUCGUACCUAUUCUCGUACCUCUGCUCGUGCCUGUGUUCGUAUCUAUGCUCCUGCCUAUGCUCGCACCUAUGCUCGUCUCGUGCCUGUGCUCGUACCUAUGCUCGUACCUAUGCUCGUGCCUGUGCUCGUAUCUAUGCUCCUGCCUAUGCUCGUACCUAUGCUCGUACCUAUGCUCGUGCCUGUGCUCGUACCUAUGCUCGUACCUAUGCUCGUACCUAUGCUCGUACCUAUGCUCGUACCUAUGCUCGUACCUAUGCUCAUGCCUAUGCUCGUACCUAUGCUCGUACCUAUGCUCGUACCUAUGCUCGUACCUAUGCUCGUACCUAUGCUCGUGCCUAUGCUCGUAUCUAUGCUCGUACCUAUGCUCCUGCCUAUGCUCGUACCUAUGCUCAUACCUAUGCUCCUGCCUAUGCUCGCACCUAUGCUCCUGCCUAUGCUCGUACCUAUGCUCCUGUCUAUGCUCGUACCUAUGCUCAUACCUAUGCUCCUUCCUAUGCUCGUACCUAUGCUCGUGCCUAUGCUCGUACCUAUGCUCGUGCCUGUGCUCGUACCUAUGCUCGUGCCUGUGCUCGUACCUAUGCUCGUACCUAUGCUCGCACCUAUGCUCGUACCUAUGCUCGUAUGCUCGUGCCUAUGCUCGUACCUAUGCUCGUACCUAUGCUCGUGCCUAUGCUCGUACCUAUGCUCGUCCCUAUGCUCGUACUUAUGCUCGUACCUAUGCUCGUACCUAUGCUCGUGCCUGUGCUCGUAUCUAUGCUCCUACCUAUGCUCGCACCUAUGCUCGUGCCUAUGCUCGUGCCUGUGCUCAUACCUAUGCUCGUGCCUGUGCUCGUCGUACCUAUGCUCGUGCCUAUGCUUGUACCUAUGUUAGUACCUAUGCUCGUGCCUGUGCUCGUACCUAUGCUCGUGCCUGUGCUUGUACCUAUGCUCCUGCCUAUGCUCGUACCUAUGCUCGUACCUAUGCUCGUGCCUGUGCUCAUCGUACCUAUGCUCGUACCUGUGCUCGUACGUAUGCUCGUACCUAUGCUCGUACCUAUGCUCGUACCUAUGCUCGUACCUAUGCUCGUACCUAUGCUCGUGCCUAUGCUCGUACCUAUGCUCGUACCUAUGCUCGUGCCUAUGCUCGUACCUAUGUUCGUACCUAUGCUCGUACCUAUGCUCGUACCUAUGCUCGUGCCUGUGCUCGUAUCUAUGCUCCUGCCUAUGCUCGCACCUAUGCUCCUGCCUAUGCUCGUACCUAUGCUCCAGCCUAUGCUCGUACCUAUGCUCAUACCUAUGCUCAUACCUAUGCUCGUACCUAUGCUCGUGCCUAUGCUCGUACCUAUGCUCGUGCCUGUGCUCGUACCUAUGCUCGUGCCUGUGCUCGUACCUUUGCUCCUGCCUAUGCUCGUACGUAUGCUCAUACCUAUGCUCGUACCUAUGCUCGUACCUAUGCUCGUGCAUGUGCUCGUACCUAUGCUCGUGCCUGUGCUCGUACCUAUGCUCGUGCCUGUGCUCGUGCCUAUGCUCGUACCUAUGCUCCUGCCUAUGCUCAUACCUAUGCUCGUACCUAUGCUCGUACCGAUGCUCGUACCUAUGCUCGUACCUAUGCUCGUACCUAUGCUCGUACCUAUGCUCGUACCUAUGCUCGUACCUAUGCUCAUGCCUAUGCUCGUACCUAUGCUCGUACCUAUGCUCGUACCUAUGCUCGUACCUAUGCUCGUACCUAUGCUCGUGCCUAUGCUCGUAUCUAUGCUCGUACCUAUGCUCCUGCCUAUGCUCGUACCUAUGCUCAUACCUAUGCUCCUGCCUAUGCUCGCACCUAUGCUCCUGCCUAUGCUCGUACCUAUGCUCGUGUCUAUGCUCGUACCUAUGCUCAUACCUAUGCUCCUUCCUAUGCUCGUACCUAUGCUCGUGCCUAUGCUCGUACCUAUGCUCGUGCCUGUGCUCGUACCUAUGCUCGUGCCUGUGCUCGUACCUAUGCUCGUACCUAUGCUCGCACCUAUGCUCGUACCUAUGCUCGUAUGCUCGUGCCUAUGCUCGUACCUAUGCUCGUACCUAUGCUCGUGCCUAUGCUCGUACCUAUGCUCGUCCCUAUGCUCGUACUUAUGCUCGUACCUAUGCUCGUACCUAUGCUCGUGCCUGUGCUCGUAUCUAUGCUCCUACCUAUGCUCGCACCUAUGCUCGUGCCUAUGCUCGUGCCUGUGCUCAUACCUAUGCUCGUGCCUGUGCUCGUCGUACCUAUGCUCGUGCCUAUGGUUGUACCUAUGUUAGUACCUAUGCUCGUGCCUGUGCUCGUACCUAUGCUCGUGCCUGUGCUUGUACCUAUGCUCCUGCCUAUGCUCGUACCUAUGCUCGUACCUAUGCUCGUGCCUGUGCUCAUCGUACCUAUGCUCGUACCUGUGCUCGUACGUAUGCUCGUACCUAUGCUCGUACCUAUGCUCGUACCUAUGCUCGUACCUAUGCUCGUACCUAUGCUCGUGCCUAUGCUCGUACCUAUGCUCGUACCUAUGCUCGUGCCUAUGCUCGUACCUAUGUUCGUACCUAUGCUCGUACCUAUGCUCGUACCUAUGCUCGUGCCUGUGCUCGUAUCUAUGCUCCUGCCUAUGCUCGCACCUAUGCUCCUGCCUAUGCUCGUACCUAUGCUCCAGCCUAUGCUCGUACCUAUGCUCAUACCUAUGCUCAUACCUAUGCUCGUACCUAUGCUCGUGCCUAUGCUCGUACCUAUGCUCGUGCCUGUGCUCGUACCUAUGCUCGUGCCUGUGCUCGUACCUUUGCUCCUGCCUAUGCUCGUACGUAUGCUCAUACCUAUGCUCGUACCUAUGCUCGUACCUAUGCUCGUGCAUGUGCUCGUACCUAUGCUCGUGCCUGUGCUCGUACCUAUGCUCGUGCCUGUGCUCGUGCCUAUGCUCGUACCUAUGCUCCUGCCUAUGCUCAUACCUAUGCUCGUACCUAUGCUCGUACCUAUGCUCGUACCUAUGCUCGUACCUAUGCUCGUACCUAUGCUCGUACCUAACGAGCACAGGCAAGAGCAUAGGCAGGAGCAUAGAUGCGAGCAUAGGCAGGAGCAUCGAUACGAGCACAGGCACGAGCAUAGGAGCAUAGGUACGAGCAUAGAUACGAGCACAGGCACGAGCAUAGGUACCAACAUAGGUACGAGCAUAGGCACGAGCAUAGGUACGAGCAUAGGCACGAGCAUAGGUACGAGCAUAGGUACGAGCACAGGCACGAGCAUAGGCAGGAGCAUAGCUCGUACCUAUGCUCGUACCUAUGCUCGUACCUAUGCUCGUACCUAUGCUCGUACCUAUGCUCGUGCCUAUGCUCGUUCCUAUGCUCGUGCCUGUGCUCGUACCUAUGCUCGUGCCUAUGCUUGUACCUAUGCUCGUACCUAUGCUCGUACCUAUGCUCGUGCCUGUGCUCGUACCUAUGCUCGUGCCUGUGCUCGUACCUAUGCUCGUACCUAUGCUCCUGCCUAUGCUCGUACCUAUGCUCGCACCUAUGCUCGUACCUAUGCUCGUACCUCUGCUCGUACCUAUGCUCGUACCUAUGCUCGUACUUAUGCUCGUGCCUGUGCUCGUACCUAUGCUCGUACCUAUGCUCGUGCGUGUGCUCGUAGCUAUGCUCGUACCUAUGCUCGUGCCUGUGCUCGUCGUACCUAUGCUGGUGCCUAUGCUUGUACCUAUGCUCGUACCUAUGCUCGUGCCUGUGCUCGUAUCUAUGCUCCUGCUUAUGCUCGCACCUAUUCUCCUGCCUUUGCUCGUUCCUGUGCUCGUACCUAUGCUCGUACCUAUGCUCGUGCCUGUGCUCGUACCUAUGAUCGUGCCUAUGCUCGUACCUAUGCUCGUACCUAUGCUCGUGCCUGUGCUCGUAUCUAUGCUCGUUCCUAUGCUCGUACCUAUGCUCGUACCUAUGCUCGUACCUAUGCUCGUACCUAUGCUCGUACCUCGUACCUAUGCUCGUACCUGUGCUCGUGCAUGUGCUCGUACCUAUGCUCGUGCCUGUGCUCGUACCUAUUUCUCGUGCCUGUGCUCGUACCUAUGCUCGUACCUAUGCUUCUGCCUAUGCUUGUACCUAUGCUCCUACCUAUGCUCGUACCUAUGCUCGUACCUAUGCUCGUACCUAUGCUCGUACCUAUGCUCGUACCUAUGCUCGUACCUCGUACCUAUGCUCGUACCUAUGCUCGUGCCUGUGCUCGUACCUAUGUUCGUGCCUGUGCUGGUACCUAUGCUCGUGCCUGUUCUCGUACCUAUGCUCGUACCUAUGCUUCUGCCUAUGUUUGUACCUAUGCUCGUAACUAUGCUCGUACCUAUGCUCGUACCUAUGCUCGUACCUAUGCUCGUACCUAUGCUCGUACCUAUGCUCGUGUGUGUGCUCAUACCUAUGCUCGUACCUAUGCUCGUGCCUGUGCUCGUAUCUAUGCUCCUGCCUAUGCUCGCACCUAUGCUCCUGCCUAUGCUCGUGCCUGUGCUCGUACCUAUGCUCGUACCUAUGCUCGUGCCUUUGCUCGUACCUAUGCUCGUGCCUAUGCUCGUACCUAUGCUCGUACCUAUGCUCGUACCUCAGCUCGUGCCUGUGCUCGUUCCUAUGCUCGUGCCUAUGCUCGUACCUAUGCUCGUACCUAG